AAAGAAAUGAUUAGGGAAAACAAAAAAUAAAGUGUAACUUAAAACAGUGAAAAUAAGAGUUUAACAGUUUGACGCAUGCGCAGAGCCGCUGAGUAGCACAUAUCGAUGGGCGGCGCAAGUCGACAGAACACCUGUUUAUCUGGCUGUGUUCUUCUUAGAGACGUGUAUUAAGUGAAACACAUGAAUAAAACAUACUUUUUAAAAAAAGAAACAUACACAACUUUAUAAAAAAUAAAUAAAUGAAAAUUUAGUUAAAACAUAUAUAUAUAUAUCAUUAUAACUGAUAAACUGUACUUAAAAAAAGAAUAAUAAAGUUUUGUUUAAAAGUGUUGGUGUUUGUUUUUGUCGCGUAAUAAAAGUUUCUUAGCGACUGUAAAGCCAGUAAAACCUAUAAAAUGAACUUUUAGCGAAGUUAAAAGUUAGUAAAUUAACUGCUUUUAGCCAGCACGCUAAAAGCAGGUUUGUAUACUUUUUUGGGGAUUGUUUUUAUUUUUUAAAGAAACUAAUCUACCUAAGCUAGCUCAGCUCGUGCUGUUUCUAACACAGGUUCUAGUGUUUGGUGUUUGAAACAUUGUAGCAUGAAGUCUGAAGAAGCGGCGUCUCUGUAGUCAGUCAGUCAGUCGCGCGAUGUUUGGUAACAUAUGGCGUAAAGGCGAGCACAGCUGGAGGGAGCGUUUCCACCGCGCUGAUGUCAGAGCAGCUGACUCCACAGCUUGCGGGAUAAUUAGCGCGCGGGGCGCCGGUUCACUCCCUCGCGCGGCUCGUUCCUCGCCGGGCUGGACGGACAGAAAGGGAGGAAAACGGGAGGAAAAGAGAGGAAAAGGCUCGAGACUCGUUUUUUUCCGCGGGCAGGACUUUUUUCUCGCCGCUUCUGAACCAAGAACGGGGCUCGAGCGAGUCGUCGUCCCGUCUGGCGCGCGCUCACAAACACAUAUACACAUAUAUACACACACACACGCACGGAGCACGAAGUACGAAGUAUCCUACGAAGUGACGAGAUGAGCUCAGCGUUGUUGAAGUGCUGUUCUGACGAAGGUUAUGAGAGAAGAAUGGAGUUCCCAGACCAUAGCCGCCAGUUGCUGCAGUGUCUGAGUCAGCAGCGUCACCAAGGUUUCCUCUGUGACUGCACUGUUCUCGUCGGCGAGGCGCGAUUCAAAGCGCACAGAGCCGUGCUGGCCUCCUGCAGCAUGUACUUCCACCUCUUCUACAGGGACCAGCUAGACAAAAGGGACGUUGUGCAUCUGAACAGCGACAUUGUGACGGCCCCUGCUUUCGGGCUGCUCCUUGAAUUUAUGUAUGAGGGGAAGCUGGAGUUCAGCGCCCUGCCCGUGGAAGACGUGCUGGCCGCCGCCAGCUACCUCCACAUGUACGACAUCGUGAAGGUGUGCAAAGGCCGGCUGAAAGACAAGGAGCUGUGCUGCCCGGAUGAGAAGCUCGUCGACGGUGCGGGCCUGAGCUGCCUGGACCGAGAGAGCUCGUCUGACGGAGAGCUACAGCCCGGCAAAGUGCAGCAGAUCCCCCUGAGGGCCCCCCCGGCAGAUGACAUGGACACCAGCGACGGCGGCGCGGCUGUCACAGAUUGUGACAGGCCCGCGCCGGUGAGGCAGAAGGCGAACGGUCACCCCGCCGGGUCCCUGGACCUUGUAGGUGUCAAUUAUGUGUCAGGCGAGGCCGAGCCCCGUGUCCAAACAGCUGGAAAAACAAAAGCCGGUGUCAGCGGUCCGGCCGCCGCGCCGUCCCAAAGGUCCCGGGCGGCGGACGACACGGACUGCGCUCUGGACUUGUCUUUCAAGCCGCCGUCGGGCCGAGACGGCGCGGGACAGCUGGCCCUCGACAGCCAGCAGCAGGCCACGGAGCCACUUGUUCACAGCGAACACGACGCGCUGUCAGAGCGUGAGGACAGAGCAGGAGGCCCUGAGAGUCGGCGCUUUGGGAAUUUGGUGACAGGGUUCACCACCCUCUUUGCUGGCAGUGGUGGCAGCGGCCCAGCCCUGGAGGAGCACCUGAUGAUGCAGGAGGAAGAGGAAGAGGAGGAGGACAUGGUUGAGGAGGAGGAGGAGGAGGAACAGCAGGAAGAGAGAAUGCGAGGAGGAGGAGUAGGAGGAGGAAUAGGAGGAAGGGUGGGGGCUUUGGUUGUUGGAGUUGGAGUAGGAGUAGGGGUGGGGGUAGGAAUGGGCAUUGGCGUAGGGGGGUGUGUCCGCAGCCACGGCCGAGAGGAGAGCGAGGACGGUCGAUUAGAGUCAAGAGUGGUGCCAGCGAGGCUUCUUGGGGACAGCGAGGACGACGACGAAGAUGAACUGGCAUCUUCCGACAUCUCCACAUCCAGCGGAGCGCUCCUGCCCACCGGCGGCCCACCGGUGUGCGUCUGCCCGCUGUGCAGCAAGGCUUUCCCCAGCCCGCACACGCUGCAGCUCCACCUCAGCUCACACUUCCGUGACCGGGACUCGCACACGCGCUCCAAGCUGUCGCCCGACGGCUCCGCGCCCACCUGCUCUCAGUGCGGAAAGACCUUCUCCUGCAUGUACACGCUGAAAAGGCACGAGCGCACGCACUCGGGCGAGAAGCCCUACACGUGCGGACAGUGCGGCAAGAGCUUCCAGUACUCGCACAACCUGAGCCGGCACGCCGUGGUGCACACCCGUGAAAAGCCGCACGCCUGCAAGUGGUGCGAGCGGCGCUUCACGCAGUCGGGCGACCUCUACCGCCACAUACGCAAGUUCCACUGCGCCCUCGUCAAGACCCUCGCCAUCGGCUAAGAGCCUCCUAAGAGCUUCUUUACGCUGCCUUUAAACUCCUGUUCACAUGUACAGCUGCAUAUGAAGUAUCACAUAUUAAAGCGAUAGAUUGAAUAGAAAUCUUAUUCCUUAAACAAAAUAGCAAUUGAUCAGCCAGGAGAAGUUUGAAUUAGAUAACUUUUCAUGAAUUAUGAAAUGUGAAAAAUUCAAUGCCACAUAAUAAUAAACUUGCCACAUCAGAUUCUUAGAUCAUUUCAAAUAGACAUUGGUCUAUGCCAAAGCAAAAUACUUGUAGCUUUGAUGCAAAAACAAUAAGAGAACUUCAGAUUCAAAUAUCUUGGCUGAUUAGUUACGUUUGUGUUUUGUAAACUGUGAAUUUGACCUUUCAUUCAAACUAUCGCUUUAAGCCUAUAGAGGGGUGUCAUUCUCUACUUCUCUGAAGCCUAGGCCAUUUUUUGGUGGCAUUUUGUGAAUAUGCACACAACUGGGCACAGGUGUUUUUUUUUUAUUAUUAUUAUUAUUAUGAUUAUUAUUGUCUGUAAUAAUAAUAAUAUCUAGUAUUUUGCUGUAUUUUAAUGCAGAGCUAAGCAUUGUAUGAUAUGAAGCACUAGGAGGGGUCACCUAAGGGUCCCUCCACUCCUUGAAGAGGUGUGUAGUGAAGGCAUUUGAUGCACUUGGUCAGUCACUGGCAGCAAUCUUAUAAAGUCAAACAAACAAAAAAAAGAAGAAAAAAAAAUCUUCUAAGGUUUUGUCAUGUAGGUUAUGUGGAUGUAUAGUUUUGAAACUAUUAAAAACUACUGAAGGAAUAAAACACUGAACAAAACAAAAAAAAAAAAAACAUAUUUCUCAGCAUUAGGUCAAGUUGUACCAUUCUGAAAUUUCGCUUUGAUCUAGUUUAGCAAACAAUACAGACAGAAGCUGGUCAUUGUUUUCUUCAGUGCUGGUAAAUCAGGGUAGUUUGCUCACCUGUCAAUGGAGCCUGACAUCAGUCGAAAAGAAAAGAAAAUAAUAAAAUAAACCCUAAAGGAAGAAGUGUACUGCACAGGCAAUCUGGAUUAUGGAUUAUGUCAUUUAAAGCUUUUUAUGUCAUUUAAAGCUAAAUAUCUACUAGUUCUGUUAUUAGUAAUGCAGAAACUGUCUGCAGCUUAAGAUGCUAAGAAUAAAUCUGAAGUCUGAGCUCAUGAAUAAAACAAAUUGUAGGUAAAAUAGAUCAAGUGAUUUGUGGAUUUGUGAUGGUCCAUAAAAAAUAAACUUAGUAUGAGAUGAAAAUGGGAAAUUGUUGAUUGAUAUUAGAACACUUUAAACUGACAGAGGAAAGCAGAGUAAAGUGAUGCUGUCAGUUUUAAGCCCCAGUGAAUCAUUUUUUUAUGUUUAAUUGUAAAACUGAGAACACUAACAAUACAGUGCAGCGUUCGACCUUUAUUUGGUAGUUUGUUUGUUUGUUUUCCCCUCCUCUUAACUUUUUCUUUAAGCUUUUCUUAAUUUUCCUCUCCAUGAUUAUUUUUUGUCUCGUUGGUUUGAUUCAUUUAAUUCAUUUGUUUCUGGUUUAAGCUGUGUUUUUGUUUUGUUUUAGUUGUGAUGUGAUGUGAAGUAGCACUAAAAGUCUGUACUACUAGUUUUUUUUUAUUUUAUUUUAUUGUUUUGUUUUUCCUGAGAACACUUGAUUAGAAUUAUUUAUUAGUUCUGUUGGUUCAUGGUUUACUGUAGUUUUGUAGUUUUGACCUCUGAAAGUUUUAGACGAACUCUUUGAACUGUUCUAAUGGUCUAAUUGUCUAAUUGUCUUGUCGUGCCGGUACUUUUAUUCCAGCUACGCUGGGAUUGGGAUUCUUGAUUGUUUAAUCAUUUUGCUGGACGUUUAUCGGGUUUAUCGUUUCAUUGUGUAUCUUGAGUGUAGAUAAGCCAUCUUAAUCCCAGUUUGUCAAGAUUUGACUCCGGAGAUGCUGAGAAGCACUUGUUUGUGCAUAUAUAGACUGUAGAUAUGAGACUGAUAUUCUGUAGGCUGCUAUUUCUAACUGUAUAUGUUCUGUAAAUAUGUUUAUUUUAUUUAUGAUCUCUGUCUGUUUGAGUCGAGAACAUCUGUUAUCUCUCGUAAAAGCUGCGCUCCUCCAUGUUGACUUUUCAAGACUUUUAAAGUCUUUUGAAUUCUUCCCAUUGACUUUUUUUAAAGCAGCUUUCGCGUCUGAGCACAAGGCAUUACAGCAGCCCGCCCAUAAAGCACAACCUCGACAACUCGGCUCUCGCGCCUGCUGAACACAUGCUGAACACACAACAAGUCCUCCAUUAAAGACUAAAAAGAUAAAGAUUUCUUAUUCUUAGGUCUUCCUAAAGGGAGCUGAGCGUCAUAUCCUUCCCUAAGCUACUGAGGGCAUUUCUUCUUCCACGUUUCUUCGUGUCACGUGAGAAACGUAUCUCACGAAAGGUACAAUGUACUGUUGGUACAUGUUUCUCACGCAUCGAGCUCUCAGUGGCUGGACUUCACUCUCAAACCAUUUCAUUUCACGUUGUUGCACAAUUGUUGGAUCUGUCAGAAACUACAAAAGCAUAUUUGAAUUUAUUUAAAUUAUUCAAGUUCUCUAAUUCAAUGUUUGUGAUUUAAAACACUGGAAUUUGUACAGUAGGCAGCACCACAAACGCCAUUCGCUGGAAUUUCCUCGAACAAUGCUUCUUUUGUUCAAAUGGUGUCUUUUUUUUAUUUUAUUUUAUUUUAUUUUAUUUUAUUUUAUAAAGAGCUGUUGCUGUUUCGUUUCUCUCACAUCUGGACUAUCUCCAGUACAAUGCAGCUAUUACUGAAAGACUGUAGGUGCUCUCAUUUAAAAACCUGUGCGUUUUAACUAUUUAACUACUACUGCUGUUGUUAAAAUGACUGGGAGACUGAAGUCGCUCGUUCGUAUGUAUUUACUUGAUUGUUCUACACAGUAUGUGCCUUGUUGACACAACAGUUGAUCUAACAGCAAUCUAACUACUGGGCAUUAUUAGAGGCCUAUAAUAAAAAUAAUAUCAAUAAUAAUAAUAAUAAUCAUUCUACACCAGUAGGUCUCAGAUAAUAAUCUGUAAUGACGACAAAUAGCAGACGCUGGUAGCAUUGUGCAUUAUCCAUCUGUAUCUGUAUCAUUGGUUUAUUUUCAUUGAUAAAAAGGUUUAUAGGCACGUUAAAUAUGAUUUAAAAAAAAAUAUGAAUAUGAAAUCAGGCUAAAGCUCCUUUUGGAUAGAUUUAAUUUUACAUGGAGUGGUGGAGUAAUGUAAUUUUACAUUUCUAUUACAUGUAUUUCCUGUUACAGAGUUGGGCCAAUGUAGUGUUUGGAGUCUUGCCCAAGGACUCUUAUUUUGGAAUAGCACAGCAUUUUUUUUUCACCCAGACCUGGAAUUGAACCCAAGUCUCCCUCAUGAUGUAGUAGCUCAUAAACAGGUGGUGGUGGUGUUAUCCACUGCACCACACCACCCACAACAAGCACAAAUGACUCAGUCUGUUGCUUCCUAUUUAUUACCUUUUAUGGUAUAAUGAAAAUUUAGGUUGAAAAUGAGCUUUAUGACUUUUAUGUCUUGAACAACAUCAAGUAUCAACUUUCUGUCUCAUACCGAAUCAUGGAUUGACUUGAUACAGACUAAAAUCGAACAGAAAUUCUGGUAAUAAUUACAUUACCCCAACUCCACACGUAAAACUAAUCCCAUUCAAAUAGGGCUUAAUAUGAAAAUAAACAGAUGAUGUUGUAUAAUGGUUAAAAUAGGCAUGUUAUGGUACUUAGGAAGACUUUAACACCUCUUAAGGUCCAUUUCUUACAUUUAAGGCCACUUCCUAUCCAGUUGCCAUAGCCAUACGUAAGUGAUCAGCGGCCGACCAGUAGUAGAAGUGAUCGUAGAGUUGAUCUUUCACCUGCGACCAGCAAAAUGCACAUAGACAAAGCAUCGACACUAAUCAAUCCUACACUAUCCUACACUAAUCAAAACUCUACAUGCUCAAAAAAAUCAAAUCAUGGUUCAAAUUGGAUGAAUUUCUCAGUACUGUCUCUCAGUAACUCCGCAAACCUGCCAAGCCACAUAUUACUAUAAACCUUAUAAUACUGGAAUAUCGUCUUCUGAGGUUCAGACUGUGAAAUUGUAUAAUCAUAAGACAUAUUUAUUUAUGAUUUCUUUCUCGUGCAAAGAUUUUACUGUAUCUCUCUAUACGAGUUUGACUUGAGUAAUGAAAGAUGCUACUAAAUGGAGAACGUUUUUAAUAGACUUUGUAGAAGUGCCAUUAGAUUUAAUAUAAUUUUUGAUAAGAAACGUAUAUUUUAUAGGAAACAAAUGCUUCGAUGUUAGUGCCCUAGUGAAUGUAGGUGACAAUCUGUUUGAUUUGAAACACUGGUUGAAUUUCCUUCUUUUUUUUUUUUUUGCAGUUUUCUUUUUCAUUAUCUGGAACUUGUGUGGUUUUUAUUUGGCGCUUUUGAUGUGUACCCUUGUGUGUGUGCUGUGAAAAAGUGACAAUCUUGAAUUAGAUCUUUAUUUAGAUGAUGCAUAGAUUAAAAAGAACAUUUUAUGUGCA